AUGACAGAGUGUACGAAAAGCGCGGUCAUGCUAGACGGAGAACUGUCAAAAUUCUUCGACAUUGAGCAGGGGGUCCCACAAGGUUGCACGCUGUCCCCAACAUUGUUCCAGGUGUUCAUUAACGAUCUGUUGGAAGUCGUAGAGGCAGUCCGGAAGGGAGUAAAAGUAGGGGACACGGAAACGUCGGUGUCAGAAAUGCUGUUUGCGGAUGAUUUUGUCGUAGUGGACCAGUACACAUACCUCGGAGUAGAGAUCGCAAAAGACUGCUCGUGGAAUGCACACAUGUCCAAGGUAGCGGAAAAGGGCAAAUCACGAGCAGGGAAGCUGCACCCAAUAUUCGCAAACCGGCACCUCGAUACACGCAUCAAAUUGGCAAUCUUGAAGAGCGUAAUCGUACCGCCGCUAGAGUACGCCGGAGAAGUAUGGGAAGGAAAUAAGAAGGUAGUGAAAGAACUCGAGGCGGCGCAGAUGAAAGCAGCGAAAAUCAUCCUAGGAUGCUCCACGCGCACAAGUAAUGCAGCCGUGAGGGCAGAAUUGGGGAUCCAAUCCCUACGGUCGGGAAGAGACGCGAGGAAGCUGACCUGGCAGUAUCGCAUGUGCGGGAUGGGAGAGGAGAGGUUGCCGAGGAUUGUAUGGGAGGCGAAGUGGGCAAACAAAAAGAGGGGUAGACAACCCACGGAAUGGGUCAAGGUUGUAGAGGACGUAUGUAAGGGGUUCGAAAUCGAUGAAGAUGAAACGCCGGAAACGGAGGGUCUACAUGGGUCCAAGGAGAAGGUAUCUGUUGCUUGUGCCGAGGGAGAACAGAAUCUAGGGAAAGAAACCGAGGAGAAGGAGGGUCUAGAAGUGUACGGAAUGUUGAAGGAAGGAAAAGGGUUCAAAGAUUACCUACAUGGACCAAGGGAUGCAGGGACGAAGCCUAAGGUCAGAUUCAGGACCGGGGACAUGGAUAGGCCUUCGAGGACGUCAACGAAGACCUGGGACGGUUUGACGACGAAGGCGACAAGUUCAAAUGUGAUUGCGGCCUCGAGUGCGACGACCGUGUUCAUGUAG